CAGACAUGGGGCGUUAUAUAUACUUGUGCUCUGUUGCGUACUUACUGCUGCAAUUAUUAUCCUACGUUGCAGAUGGAAGCGUUAUUUCUGGCCGCGAUGAUAUCCCGCCUUUAUGCCUGAUCAGUUCCAUCACGCCAGUGUCGUGCAGCGGGCCAGUGGGCCCGGACUCGCUGGUGCCGCACCCCGACGACUGCCGCCUCUUCUACUACUGCGUGUCUCCGGCCCGUCCCCCCGUCUGCCGCCAGUGCCCAGCGGACCUUCACUUCAGUCCGACCGAGCAUGUCUGCGACACCGCGGACCAUGCUGGCUGUACGGCCAAGGGUUCUAGGGAGUUCUAGCGAUCAAAAUUGCUGUUUAACCCUCUUUCAUAGUAAAUUUUGAUGACGUUGUUAUUUGAAGCCAUGUUUGUAUUUAUCUUCGAAAAGCUGAGAUCAAAAUUAAACCCAAGAACUUUGUAUA